AACAUAGGAUAAGAUUCCACUGGCAGUACCUCAACUCCCAAUUAGUGCAUUAGAAAAAAUAUCAUGGCGACCAGUUGCGGUGGCAGCUUCUUAACACUGUCCUGUGCCGGAACUAUCCAAAAUCAACAUGUAUCACAACCUACAACAUUUCUUGGAGUUCGCCAUUACCCUCAUAGGAAGAGGAAAACACCGUUAGUUGUGGUGGCGGUGACCCAAGGCUCCGCCGAAUCAAGCAAGUCGGAGGAAAAAAUCCCUUCAUGGGCCAAACCAGAUUCCGAUGAACCACCACCAUGGGCCCGAGAUGAGGCCAAAAACAACACUUCGGAGCAAGGAUUUGAAAUCCCAUUCUACGCGUAUUUACUUGCCUCUGCCAUCACAGCAAUUGCUGCUAUUGGUUCCAUCUUUGAAUAUGUGAACCAAAGACCGGUGUUUGGAGCAUUAACCUCGGACAGUGUGUUUUAUGCUCCCUUGCUUGGGUUUUUUGUCUUCACUGGCAUUCCCUCUUCGGCUUUUCUUUGGUUCAAAUCUGUUCAAGCUGCUAACAAGGAAGCAGAGGAACAAGACAAGAGGGAUGGGUAUUUAUAAGGUGGAGUGGGAUUUACAUGCUUUCUUUAUUCUGUAAGUUAUGAGGAAAAUGCACAUAAUGCCGUGUUAAAUGUCAGAGUUUAAUGUGAAUAUUUAAUGUUAUGUAUGAAUACAGAUAAUAUAGUAUGGUAAAAUAUGGAGCACCAUUGUCAUCGUGUAAUCAACAUAAUUUCUGUCAAUAUAAGAAUGCUUUGUGAUGAAUAUAAGUGAAUCUUCUGAAAA